AUGAAAGUUAUCAUACCAGCAAAAUACUUCGGCCACAAUGCACAAUUCCAUCCUCAACCAACCACUGUGCAUCACACUAAAAUGUGGCCUUGCAAAGUUAUACCACCUGUCGGUUACGAAGAUGUGUCAUCAAUCCAGCAGUUCUUGUUUAGUGUACUUGGUAAUACAUUAAUAAUUGAUCCUAGCUAUUUCUUGACACCUGAGCGAUUAAAACCAUUUUUGAUGCCUGGCAAUUGCCUGAGUCUUUCGACAGUAAUUCGGGGGUACCUAAAUGGAAAAAUGUGCACGAACAUACCAUUUGAUGAUUUGGUGGAAGUAAAUUCAACCACGCUAAAUGGAGUAAAGGACAUUAAAUUACAGGUCUGGUUAGACCAUGGUGUUGUUGCGACAAUAUUUGACAGGAGUGUCAGGCAAUGUUCUGCAUCUCAUUUUUAUCUUAUAAAAAAAUUGACGAAAAGGGAGUUUUUUACUUACUUAUCUUUACAUUACUUUUUACACUAUAUACUACUUAAAUCAUAUCAUUUCACAAGUCGUUGCUGA